UUCUCCACCGCACCAAUGGCUCCUUCCACGAGGCUCCUCUCCUGGAACGACCAUGGCGGCGACGACCACUGCGGCGGCGAGCUGUCCCGCCCCCGCAGGCGGUGGCGGGCGCUUGUGCUGGGGCUGGGGGUGAGGAGGAGGAGGAGCAGCAGCAUGGAGGGGGUGUUUGGGUUCAGAGAGUUCAUGGGGGAGGAAUUCAUGGGCAUGUUCCUCCCCUUCUUUGGCAAGAUGGUUCAGAAAGUGGUUUCAGAAGAAGUAGAGAAAGCAAUUUUCAGACGAUUGAGCACACCAGCACCUGCACCACCAAGACUGCUGGUAGGCUGUAAUCAGCGUCCGAGGUAUCAACUCAUGUUCCUGAAUGGUCUAAAACCUGUUUACACACUGAUGAAAUUAGAAGCCAAAGAUGGAUCGGCUCUUAAGGUGGCUAUAGUCGAAAGACUCGAAAACAAUCAGAUGCACAUUGUCAGGUUUGGUCAUCUUUCUUCUGCUAAGGUUGAAGUUGUAGCCCUCCAUGGCAACUUUAAUGCUAAAAAUGAGGAACAAUGGACCCCUGAAGACUUCAACAAGCAUAUAGUAUGUGGGCGAGAGAAAAGUGCGCAACUUCUCACCGGCAAUUUGACACUGAAGCUCAAUGGUGGGGAGGCUUCCCUUGAAAAUGCAACCUUCACUGAUAACUCUAGCUUCACUUGCACUAAGAAGUUCAGGCUGGGGUUGAGGCUAGUCAAUAAUUCUGAAGAUAGAGUUCUUGAAGGAAUCACUGAACCUUUUCGCGUAAAGGAGCGCAGGGUGGAGGGAUUUGAAAAGCACUACCCACCAAUGUUAGAUGACGAAGUUUGGCGUUUGGAAAAGAUCGGCCGCAAUGGUGCUCAUCACCUGGCUUUGUCAAACAGUGGAGUUGAUACUGUGCAAAAGUUCUUACAGUCUUAUGUUACCGAUGAAAAGAAGCUUAUUCAGACUUUUAGCAAAAUGUCACAGGCAGCUUGGAAAACCAUCAUAAACCAUGCCAUGACAUGUGAAGUUGGUGAUGAUAUUUGCUUUUAUGAAGUAAAGGACAACAACAUGGGACUUUUCUUUGAUGCAAUAUAUCAGCCUGUUGGGGUGAAGUUUGGUGAUUCCUACAAACCCAUAAAUGAGCUAAACCAAAUAGAAAAGAAUGCGGUUGAAACUAUGAAGCAAGUGGCGUAUGAGAAUAUGAAUGGUAUUCGGUAUGACCAUAAGAUGGUUAACAACUGUCCUGUACCACUUCUUAGGUUCUGUGGUGGUGGUACGUCUGCGUUGACUAAUUUUAUUCCAAACCAGCAGAUCCCAACUUGUGCUCAAUACGAUUCAGCUCUGAAAGAAUUCUCAUCUGGUCAAACACUUGUAUCAACGGAGGAUUUUUCUUCACUCCAAGGAGCCUUUAAUGCUUCAGUGGAUAGGUCAAGAUUUGUGCAGGGUGAAACCUCCAAUGGGCAGUUAAUGGGCAAUGUUACCCCAAAUAAUCCAAACCAAGGGAACAUCUUACCAGGACCAAGAAUCACGCCACUUUGUAUACCUAAUAAUGAAAGAACAUAUUAUAGUUCAUAUGCCACUGCAUCUGCUGCUCAUAGCAACAUAGAGGCUGACCAGAUUGCUACACAAAUUGGUCAGUAUGGACAUAUCGAUCGAUCUCAUUUACCUGAAGAAUCAUUCAAGCGCUUCUCUCCAGAUAGUUUCUUCCAUACAGAUGAAGUCGUGGCUUUGAUGCAACCUCACUUGCUUCCAAGCAACAGCGAGAGUUUCAGUAGCCAGCUCAACCUAGUAAGCAAUGACCAAAGCUCACAUCAGGUUGCCGCUCGAUUUCAGCCAUCAAGAACAGACAGCUUUGACUCCAGUUCAUGUGAUCAACUGAUACAGAAUUUCAUGUCUCAGUUUUCUAGUAAUGAUGGAGUUGCAGUACCACUUUCUCCACGCAAAUGGGUCAAGAUCAGGGCAGCAUUGAAGCUGGCAUCUGUGGGGAGACUCUCCAGAGCCUCGAGGAAAGCCUCGGUUCACCCCCAAGCAAGGCCAAGGCUUGUACCAACAAUAUGAGCCCUGAUGAAUACAUGUUGUAAAGUUUUAGAUCAAAGAUCCAUCCAGGAGUUGAUGCAUAUGCUCUUGAGACAUCUGGUCAAUUAGAACUAGUGAUUUUUGUCAAAAAGUUAGGUAUAUGUAGUCUGUACAUAAUGCAGCCUGUUUGUACUUAAGUUAGUAUUAGUAAUUCCCAGCUGAGGAUUCUGGCCUCUUGGUUAUCAGUGAAUUUCAAACCAUGUAAAAAAAAAUGCAAUGUCUUCCUUUUUUGUACCU